AUGACAACAUUAUGUAAUAAUGAUAUUAAACAAGUAUUGGCUGCUAAGGCACACAUAUGGAACCAUACAUUCAACUACGUUAGCUCCAUGUCACUCAAAUGUGCAAUUCAGCUUGGAAUUCCAGAUAUAAUCCAUAGCCAUGGGAGACCCAUGACCCUAUCUGAUUUAGUGAAUGCUCUCCCUAUUGACAACAAAUCGAAAGGUCAGGAUUAUAUUUAUCGUCUCAUGCGUAUUCUAAUUCAUGAUGGCUUCUUUUUGCAAGAAGGAGAUGGUUAUUUACUUACUCCAAAUUCACGUCUCCUCCUUAAAGAUGAGCCUUUGAACAUACUCCCCUUUGUGCAAUUUGAACUAGACUCAAUCGUAAUUGAUCCGUUUCACUAUCUCAGCCAAUGGUUGCAAAAUGGAGAGUACUCUUCUACUCCAUUUGAGACUACUAAUGGAAACACAAUCUUUGAGAAGGAAACAAAAAUUAACCAUCUAUUAAACGAAGGCAUGGCUUGUGAUGCCCGUUUGAUCAUGAGUGUGUUGAUUCAAAAUGGUAAGGGACUACUUUUUGAAGGGUUGAAAUCGUUGGUAGAUGUUGGAGGGGGUACUGGAACGGUAGCUAAAGCUAUUGCAGAUGCAUUUCCACAAAUAAAUUGCACUGUCUUUGAACUCCCUCAUGUAAUUGAAGGGCUUGAAGGAAGCAAGAACCUGAGCUUUGUGGGAGGAGAUAUAUUUAACUCCAUUCCUUGUGCCAACGCAAUUUUACUUAAGUGGGUAUUACAUGAUUGGAGCGACGAAGAUUAUUGUAUAAAAAUAUUGAAGAAAUGUAAAGAAGCAAUUCCAAGUAAAGAGAAUGGAGGAAGGGCAAUCGUCAUUGAAAUAGUGAUGGAUCAAAACAAAGACGACAAGUCAUAUGAAACUCAACUCUUUCUGGACAUGCUUAUGAUGGUUCUUCUUGGUGGAAAAGAAAGAAGUGAACAAGAAUGGGCAAAACUUUUCGUUGAUGCUGGUUUUAGUGACUACAACAUUAUUCCUAUACUGGGAUUAAGAUCAGUGAUUGUGGUUUAUCCUUAAUCUACUCUUGUCGAUCGCAAAAGUUCAAAUAAACACAAGGCUUGGCCAAAUUAUAUAACGUUCCAAUAACAUACAGUAGAAGCCAAUACUCUAUCUUAUGUUCCCCUGUUUGUGCAUUAUUUUGGAAAUGUUAUUCUUCAUCUCCCUAUGUGUUAACAAAGGAAACUUCCUCUUGUAUAUUUAUUUAUUUUCCUUUUAUUAAUGAUCCUAAAUUCCUAAUGCAAAGUGUAUGCAAAUUAAAAUAUUCUUUAAUCAUGUAAAAUUAGAAAUAUUAGAUAUACUAAGCGCCAGUUUGGCCAUGCGAUAUG